AUGUUCGCCCACCUCCCCUUCACCACUCUCGGUGCACUGGCUCUGGCGAUGCUCGCUCAGGCCAACCUCUCCUCCCAUCACCGUCGCUCACUCACGGGCCAGUCUAUCGCGUUUGCGUGCUACGGCGGUGGUGGUGACUGCGAAUGCCCCCCUGAUCUCACCGGCGGCGCAGGCACGCUCAUCAACGUUUACCCCGGCUUCCAGUGCGCGUACAAGGGGGGCGCCUGCACCUGGGACGACAAGACCGGUGCUCUGCAGAACGUAAAUCAGACGAAUUGCCCCACGAAGGCGGCAUGCAGCACGUCUAGCGGGUGCGAGUGCCCGACGGACCUGAACAAUAACACUGGCGUCCUCGUCAACCAGUUCGCGGGCUACCAGUGCGUGUACACCAAUGGCGCAUGCACCUGGAACGCCGCCGGAGUCCUGCAAAAUACCGGUCAGACGAACUGCCCGACGAACAAGACUUGCUCCCAGCUCGCUGGAGACUCGUAA